UGAAAAUCGAAUAUCACAGCAAAUCAACUAUUCAUUGAAAUUGAAAUAAGAAUUUUUUUGAAAUAAAAUUUUUAAAAAUUAAUGCAAAUGUAAACGUUAACGUCGCUAGCCACAUUCAAACAACAAAUAGAAAAAGUAAUAUACAUACAAACAAAUACAAACAAACAUACGGAUAAAGUUAAGAGCGGCUAUAAAGUGCAGCAUUCAUUCGGUCAGCAGCAGCAGCUGGUGGUGGACUCAGGUCAAACGCAACUUCAAAACGCGUGCAACCGGAAAGAGGAAAUCAAAUUUGGCAAGAGUGUAUAACUGUUUUGCCUGCAGUUGAAGUGAAGCAGUUACAAAAACAAAAACAAAGCGUAUAAUUAUAAAAUAACACUAGCGACAGCAGCAUCGCCAGCAGUAGCGAAGGCACAAGUGUUGAAAACACCAACAAAUCAAAAAUCAGCAAUUGUGAGCGUUCGCGUGUGUGCGUGUGCUUUACUGCGCGUGCGGCAGCUCUUAUUGACUGUUGUGUUGUUGUGUUUAUCGCACGCCCAAAUACGAGAGUACAUAAAUAUUUUCUCCGAUUUGGUGCUUGUGUCGCCUAAAAGCGUGCUACCGCAAACAGUUGCUGUCAGCGUGUACGCCUAAAAGCAGGCUGUAUUCGAAGCGUUAAACCGAAGAUUUUGCAAAUUAAAAACACUGAAUAUUUAACCGCUGCAAACAAACAAGAACUAGAAAAUUUCCGACGAUUUUCCAGAUUUUCAUUUGGAUUUUCGUGUGUGUUUUUGAGUUAUUUGUAGUGCCGUUAUAAAUUAUUACUGUUGUCUACGUGUGUGCUGCAUCCGCCGUUUAGCGAGCAACAACAACAACGUCAUAUGGUGUGCGGUUUGUGGGUGUCUUCAGUGGCCUUUAACGCCCUCUGCACAAACAACAACAAAACACCAGUAUUCAAAGGAGCACCACCAACUCCACCUCAACGGAGCAAGUUGGUUAGUUCGUGCAUGAAUUCACAUAGGCGAUACUUAAGUCAUAGGACUUCAAAAUUUUCCAGUAACAGACAUCGGAAGCUGCAACCUUUUAGAGAAACGUGAGCCACUCGCACACCAUUAGGCACCACGUUUUCCAAUUUUUCCAAAUAUUUAUAAAACAUAAUUAUAAUCCAGAUAUCUAGCAGCAGCAGCAGCACUAAACUGAUAAAUGUAAAAAAAAAACUAAAAGAAAAACAUCUUUCAUAAGAUACAAAAAAAUAAUCUAUAAAUAUAUUUAACAAAAAAGCCCAAAAAUUCACUUCCAACCUCAAAGUGGGGUGAAAAUUGCAUAAAAGUUUCAAAAACUGGAGAUUUGUAAAGCAGAACAUAUAACAAACAUAACAAUAACAACAACAAUAUAAACAGCCAAGUACUGUACUAAUAGAGCAGAGCGUGAUUACCCAAUUGCGCCUGGCGUUUUGAUUCAAAAUCGAAGUAAAGCCCCCAAAAAACUACUAACAACAACAAACAGCAUAUAUAGCCGUCAAAUAGCAGUAAAUUACAACAACCAAAAUAUAUUCAAAAAAGAAAAUAGUGGAAGCAAGGAAACCCAACAUAGCAACAACAGUAAUAGCACCGGAAACCAACACCACCACCACUGUCAUAAUUAGGAACCAAUACAAAGCGCCAAUUGUAGUGCAAAGAAAAGCGAACUUCAUGAAUUUAUCAAUAAAGAAAUACAAUAAAUCAAAAAAUAAAAAUUUAAGUACCAUAACGUCUUCGGCAUCGUCUUGGAGGGCGUUUCGGUGCUACGACGUCGAAACGACUGCAUACAACGUAGAGCAAGCCGCGUCUGCCGCAAUCGCUGCAAUCGGAGCAACAGCUGCCGUAGUAGGAACAACAACUAACUUACUGAUGUACAGUGCCAUCAAUUGGUCACCUUGUUGAGGUUGAACGCUGAAUGCGAAAGUAAGCCAAAGCCCCCCAUAUAUUAUUUAUAUAACGGCUAACAAAGCGCGAAGCGACGCGACGCAAAGCAGCAGCAAAACGAAGUGGUGCGUGCCGCCGAAGAAACUCGUACGCAACGCACACGAGAGUUGUCGGAAAAAUCGCUAAAGCAGAAAUCAAAAGCAAAAGCAAAAUCUUAAUUUACAGCUCCAGCUAAAUCUGUAGCGUUUAUACAACCAUUCUUCAGUUUUUAUAUGAAAACAACAACAACAGAAACAGCAAAGAGUAGCAGCAGUAAAAUCUAAAGCCAUCACAUCACACACACAGCAAGAGAGCCAAGUGUGCGCCACAAACUAAAAUCAACAUUAAUAAUUGCAAAAUAUAAAAAAUAUAUAGAAAAUCAACCGAGCCGCUAGCGAAGAAAGCUCAGCACUUUCGUCGCCAUUAAUACAGUUGAGCGGAAUAUUGCCAAAAUUACGCACAACAAGCAGCGCGAUUUAUCACAUACUGCAGACCUUUACAAUUCUUCUAUACGCAAAAAACGUAAAGGAAAACGCCAACAACAACAACAACAGUCAAUCAUCAAUUAUUCAAAAAAACAACAACAAAUAAAAUAAAAUUAAUAUAAACCACAUUUAAAAAAGGAAAGCACAGUUGAAAAGGGAAAAUAGCAAAAAUGGGUUCCGUUAAUGUGAAUCGUAAUGUCACCGACAUUUUCUACCGUUAUAAAAUGCCACGCUUGCAAGCCAAGGUCGAGGGCAAAGGUAAUGGCAUUAAGACCGUUAUUGUCAAUAUGGCUGAGGUGGCACGCGCCAUUGGACGUCCGGCCACCUACCCGACCAAGUAUUUCGGCUGCGAAUUGGGCGCACAGACCCAGUUUGACUACAAGAAUGAACGUUUCAUUGUAAAUGGCUCGCACGAUGCCAGCAAAUUGCAGGAUCUGCUCGAUGGUUUCAUACGCAAAUUCGUCUUGUGCCCGGAAUGCGACAAUCCGGAGACCGAUUUAACCGUUUCGGCUAGGAACCAAACCAUUUCGCAAGCAUGCAAAGCUUGCGGUUUCCAUGGUCUCUUAAAAGUCAAUCACAAGGUUAACACGUUCAUUUUGAAGAAUCCACCAACCGUUAAUCCGGCUGCACAGGGCUCCUCAUUGACCGAAGGGAAACGUGCGAAGCGCGGAAAGAAGAACGGCGAGAACGGUGUGGAUGGUGAGAAGGGUUCGGGCGGUGAAUCGGAUGGCGGUAGCGGCAAUCAGGCCAGUCAGACUGAGGCGGAAAUUAGUGCUGCCAUACCGGAGAAGAAUGGUGAUGACGACGAUGAUGAUGCCAACUGGAGUGUCGAUGUGUCGAAGGAAGCCAUACGCGCCCGUCUACAAGACUUGACUGAUGGUGCCAAGGGCAUGACCAUCUCGGAUGAUUACGAUAAGACCGAAAAGGAGCGCAUUGACAUCUUUUAUGAAUUGGUCAAGAAGAAGCGCAAUGCUGGCGAACUCGACUCUGUAGCUGUACACAAGGAGCUGAUGAUCGAAGCGGAGCGUCUCGAUAUUGUGCACAAGGCUACGCUGGUCUUAGCCGAGUUGCUCUUCUCCGACAACAUCAUACAGGAAGUGCGCAAAAAUCGCAAUCUCUUGCUACGUUUCACACACAACAAUCCCAAGGCACAACGUUAUCUCAUCGGCGGUUUGGAACAGAUCAUCGCUUUACACUCGGCCAAAUUGAUGGCCAAGGUGGCUGGCAUUUUCAAACUCUUCUACGAUUCGGACAUACUCGAGGAGAAGGCCAUACUGGAGUGGUCGCAGAAAGUGAGCAAGAAAUACGUGUCGAAGGAUGUGGCCACUGAGAUACACGAGAAGGUCAAACCGUUCAUACAAUGGCUGAAGGAGGCCGAGGAGGAGGAAUCCUCGGAGGAGGAUGAGGACGAUUCCGAUGUGGAGAUUGAGUAUAACGAUCGCGCACGUGUAGAGCCAUUGAAGGCUGCCGCUGUGGCCACUGCUGCCAAGAAGAUUGUCGACGACGAUGACGAGGGUGACGAAAUCGACAUUGAUGACAUCUAAAAUGGGUGUUGUGGCGGUAGAGUAGCGAAAAUCAGUUGCGCAGUUAAAAGAAGCGGCGCGGCAAUUGUAGAAGUCUUCUGCGCAUUAUUGCUAAAGCAAAUGUAGUUUUAAAUAUUCCAUACUUUCUCUUUGUGUGUUUUGUGUUUGAGUUCGUAUUUUAUGCGCCAGCGUGCCAACUGAAAGGCGUCCGCAUUGCAUUUUAUAUAUCUCUGUCAACGCAUAUUCCAAAUUUUCUAUUAUGCCUCGGCAUAUUUCGGCUUUUAUGCGGCGCUUGCUUUACACUACACUACAUCAACAAGAACAACCAACUAACUGCUGCAAAAAUUUUCGUUUGCUCUGUUUUUCUUUCUAUUUUAUUGAAAUCUUUAUUUUUUGAUUUAUGACUUUUUAUUAAAUUUAAGCUUUUUUGUGUUGAAUAAUAUUUACACGUAAUUUCAAACGGCAGAAAGCUACUAAAGACGCAGCUUCGGUUUUGUUUCGACGCUAUGCACACACAGUAAAACAAAAACAAAAAAAAUAUAUUUCCACUUACCACCAACAAAAAUAUAUAAUAAUAAUAUUUUUAACGGUACUUACUAUAUGCGAACUACCCCAAUAUUGUUCUGUCUCUACGCUUUCCACACGAUAGUCAACGCUCAGUGCUUACUUUUCCGAAAACAGAAAAACUUUUGCAUUCAAACUGGAAACGCGAAAAUGUUGCAGAAAGCUCAAUUAUGAAAUAAUACACACACACCCACACAUCAACAUACUAUUUCCCAUUACUAAUAUUUGUCGCAACAGUUGCACAUACAACAAGGAAAAGGGCACCGCAAAGCUUUUGCGUUUUUCAAACUGUCGUAAAUUUUGAAAUUUAUUAUGCAAGUAAAAAAUGUAAAAAAAAAAAUAUUAAAAAUAAAAAUGUAAAAAAAAACAAAGAAA